AAUAUGUAACAAAUUUGUAUGUUGCAUGCGGUGGAUGCGAUAUUGAUCUCUUCAGGAUCGUCGAUUUACAGUCUCAUUCUGAUUAUAAGUAUGCAAAGAAACGAUCGUUUUGUCAGUCUAGUUAAAGGAAGCACACAUCAUUGCAUAAGUAUUAUGGCAGCCAUAAAGAAUCUGUUGAUACUAAUCUUAAUAUUUGCCAUUGGCAACUGUGUUCCUCUUCAAGAUGACGAAGUAGUAGAAAAUUCAGAGGGACUUGAAUUUCGUCUACCAAAGAACAUCAUACCUAUUCAUUACGACAUAAAAUUAAUAACUCAUUUUGAAGAUAAUUUUACCACUAAUGGCGAAGUAAAUAUCGACAUCAAAGUGCACGAACCGACAAACACAAUCGCACUGCACGCUUUAAAUCUCACAAUACAUGAAUCAUUGACGGAGAUAACUCGCAAAGGUGUAAAUAAUGUAAAUUCCAAAUCGAAAUAUAUUCCAAAGCAACAUAAGUAUGACGAACUAACGCAAAUUUUGACUCUCCAAUUCGAAGAACCGCUGGAUUCUGAAAUGUAUAUGCUGCGUAUUAAUUUUGAUGGCAUAAUAUUGUUGAAUAAUUGGAUGCGUGGAUUUUACAAAGAUUUCUAUACUGAUAAUAAAGGAAACGAUGUAUUGUUAGCACUGACACAUUUGCAACCAACCUUUGCGCGACAAGUGUUUCCGUGUUGGGAUGAACCCGCUAUAAAAGCGACCUUUAAAUUUUCUAUAAAGCAUUAUCCUAAUUAUACAGCAUUAUCGAAUAUGCCAUCCACGCGACCGGAAGUCGAUGCAAGCGAUGGAAAAUUAUGGACAUAUUUCGAGACAACUCCUAUUAUGUCUACCAACUUAUUAGGAUUCGUGAUUUCCGAUUAUGAUCACAUCUCGAACUUAGAUGGUACUAUCAAAAUAUGGGGUCCAAAACACCUUCUUCCUCAUGCAACAUUUUCUCUCGAUAUUAUUGAGAAAGCAACGCAAGAACUUGAAAAAUUCACCAAUAGUACCGUUCAUGUGCCGAAAAUGGAUCAUGUUAGCAUUCCACAUUAUUCAAGCAGAGCCACUGAAAACUGGGGCAUGAUUGUUUACCAUGAAUACAGUAGUACUACACCAGAUGAUUUAUGGAAAACAUUACAAGAUGCCCUCAAUGAGUCUGACAUACCGCAUGAUGAUUUCAAAGUAAAAGAAGUAAUGGAUACUUGGUUCGAACAAGGAGGAUAUCCUUUUGUUACAGUCAAUCGAGAUUAUGUAACAGGCGAAAUUAAAGUAACGCAAGAAAUAUGUGAAAUUAAAAAAGCUGACCGUCAGAAGAACGAAUCAUGGUGGAUUCCUUUAAAUUUUGCAACGGAAAGUAAUUUAGAUUUUUCAUCUACACUGGCUACUCAUUGGCUAAAACCGCACGAAGAUUUAACAAUUGAAGGUGUAGACACCAAUGACUGGAUUAUUGUAAACAAACAUCUAACAGGAUUUUAUCGCGUAAAUUAUGACGAUACCAACUGGAAACGAAUUGCUGCUUUUCUUAAUUCUGAUAAUUACGACAAGAUUCCAGUUUUAAAUCGUGCACAAAUUCUCGACGAUGCCUUCUUCAUGUUAAAAACUGAACGUCUUGAUCCUGUUAUUUUCGUUAAAAUUAUGAAUUAUUUAUCCCGCGAAACUGACACAAUACCAUGGAUUAAAGCAUUCCAUAUUAUUGGAAAUUUUGAAAAAUAUAUGGAGAUACCUAAAGGAAUAGCAAUUCUUAAGCCAUUCUUAUCUCAUUUAGUGCAUAAACUAUUUGAGUAUAUUGAUUUUGACGAGAAUCCAGAUGACGAUGUUUCGACUAUAUAUGUUAGGACUUAUCUAUAUAAUUACGACUGUAUGUACGAUCUUUCGGAAUGUCGAAUAAAAGCUACUGCUAAAGUACUUGCAUAUAUAGAAGACCCAAUUGCAAACAAACUAUCACCGAAUCAAGAAGAAAUGUAUUGCUUUGGUUUAAUGAAGGCGAAUGAAUCUAUUUGGGAUCAGUUUUUGCAAAUACAAUACGAGACAUCAAAAUCUCAUAGGACUGUUUUUGGAUGUACAGAGAAUUUGCACAUCAUCGAAAAACAUUUAGAUUCCACUGUGAAUACAGAAAAUGACAUAAAUUUUUAUUUACUCAAUCUUCGAAAUGUUGAUAUAGCGAUUGAAUUGUUCAUUAAUAAAUACGAGAAGUUUAAAGAUGCUAAGAAUGAAAUUCUUUCGGACAUAAUUAUGAAGAGUUCCAAACAAGAACAAAUUGAUAAGAUAAAAGCAUUUGCUGAACAACAUUCAAUCGAUAUAAAAGAAUAUUUAGAUAGAAGAGAAAACUAUUUAACCGUGCUUAACAAUCACUUGCAGCAAAUUCAAAGCAUUUUGGAAAAUGCUUUGGAUGGAAUCAACUAACAUAUUACAAUCAUAACUUAAUAUAAUCUAUGUUUGAUGAAUAAAUAUAAAAAGUAUAAACAUAUAAAAA